AUGUCCAAAAGAGUUCUUGACAGAAUCAGCAGCCUUGCCCUUCCUGCAGGUCUUGCCUUUGCUGUGCUUCAGCUGGCCAUGUACGACGUUGAAGGCGGCAAAAGAGCAGUCAUUUUUGACCGUCUUAGCGGUGUCAAAUCCAGGGUCAUUGGUGAGGGUACCCAUUUUGUCAUUCCUUGGUUGCAGAAGCCAAUUAUCUACGAUGUGCGUACGAAACCCAAGACCAUCGCCACCACAACGGGUUCCAAGGAUCUUCAGAACGUCAGCUUGACCCUCAGGGUGUUGCACAGACCAGAGGUGUUGAACCUCCCUAAAAUCUACCAGACUUUGGGAUUGGACUACGACGAGAGGGUGUUGCCUGCCAUUGGUAACGAGAUCUUGAAGAGUAUUGUGGCGCAGUUUGACGCUGCCGAAUUGAUCACCCAGCGUGAGGUGGUGAGUGCCAGAAUCCGCCAGGAGCUCUCCAGAAGAGCCAACGAGUUCAACAUUCGUUUGGAGGAUGUCCUGAUCACGCACAUGACUUUCGGCAAGGAGUUCACCAAGGCCGUUGAGCAGAAGCAGAUUGCCCAGCAGGACGCCGAGAGAGCCAAGUUCUUGGUUGACAGAGCCGAGCAGGAAAGAAAGGCUUCCGUUAUCCGUGCUGAGGGUGAGGCCGAGGCCGCCGAGACUGUUUCCAAAGCAUUGGCCAAGGCCGGUGACGGUCUCCUUAUGAUCAGACGUUUGGACGCCUCGAGGGAGAUUGCUCUGACCUUGGCUUCCUCGUCAAACGUUUCCUACUUGCCUUCUGGCAAGGCUGGCGAGGACUCCAAGAACAGCUUGUUGUUGAACGUUGGUCGCUAG